UCCAUUGAAAUUGGUUGAAUUACCGAGCCUACUAAAGCGAGUUGCGCAAGGAGCACAAGAAAGUAGAAGAAGAAGCAAAGUUCAUGCAUGAGCUAGUCGUCGCACACCAGUAUUACCCUUCUACUUGCUCCGAUUCAUAGUGCGCUGUCAUCCUUAAGAAUAAUUUAAGGAAGUGAUUCCAUUUUUUCGUCGUACUGAUAGAUCCUCAUUAAAUCUCGUCUACAAUGUUGAAGAACGUAGUGGCACUGGUUACGGGAGGUGCAUCCGGCCUUGGUCGUGGCACAGUCGAGCGAUUUGUGAGAAAUGGAGCAAAAGUUAUCAUUGCUGAUUUACCAGUGUCUAAGGGCAAGGAGGUUGCGGCUGAGCUUGGAGAAAAUGCUGUGUUCACCCCCGUGGACGUAAGAUCCGAGGCAGACGUCACUCAAGCCGUGGAAAUGGCAAAAGAGAAGUUCGGCCGAUUGGAUGCAGUGGUGAACGCUGCAGGCAUAGCAGCAGCCAUUCGAGUCUACAACUUCAAGAAGAAUUGCAGCCACGACUUGGAGACAUUCUCACGAGUCAUUGAAAUAAAUACAAUUGGAACAUUCAACGUAAUUCGUCUUUCAGUGGGACUAAUCGGCGCGAACACGCCCAACGAGGAUGGACAACGUGGAGUGAUCGUCAAUACCGCGAGUGUUGCAGCCUUCGAUGGCCAGAUUGGCCAGGCAGCCUACUCAGCCAGCAAAGCUGGGGUCGUUGGCAUGACUCUGCCCCUUGCCCGUGACCUCUCCUCCCAGGGAAUCAGAGUCUGCACAAUUGCCCCUGGACUCUUCGAGACUCCAAUGCUCCAGGGCUUACCUGACAAAGUUCGUAAUUUCUUGGCUAAGAGCAUUCCAUUUCCCCAGCGGCUUGGAAAGCCUGAUGAGUAUGCCCAGCUGGUUGAGUCUAUCAUCCUGAACCCGAUGAUGAAUGGAGAGACCAUCAGACUCGAUGGAGGCCUUCGUAUGCAGCCAUGAAUUUCACAGAUACAGUUGAAAAUUGCAUUGUUACAUUUUUUGAUACUAUUUUUCCUUUUAUGGAAAUGAAAUAAAUAUAUUGAGCUAAGCUCUUAUUUUUUAAGGGAUGAA